AUGGCUUUCCUUCUUUCCUGGGCCUCUGUGCUAUUUGGAUGCCUUUAUGCUUCUGUAGCAGGAGCGUCCAAUCUCUCAGCUCUCUAUCCCCCUCUAUGGGAUGAGAGUCCUGGCCAGUUCAGUGACUACAGGGUGGAGAAUGGACAGUAUGUUAUUGAUCCCUGGGUAUACACUGAGAGAAUGGGAAUAUACAAAAUCCUAUUGAAUCAGACAGCCAGAUAUUUUGAAAGAUUUGCACCAGAAAAUGAACAAAAUGCUUUAUGGGGAUUGCCUCUACAGUUUGGAUGGCAAUAUGAGACAGGCAGAUUAGCUGACCCCACCCACACAACAAACUGUGGCUAUACAGAAAAUCAUCUCUGCAUCUCUGUGGACAGUUGGUGGGCCAGUAUCAAUUAUUUUCUGAAUGUGUUACCUUUCCUUUCUGCGGUUGAUUCUGAUGUGAUGGGGAUAUCAUCCGACCAAGUCGCUCUUCUGCCACCACCCAAGGAUCAGACACCAUUUUGUUUAAGUGUUUCUGCCUGUCGUUUAUUGUAUCCAAUAACAAUGAACAAGUGGAAUUACUUUUACCAGCAACUGAAGUUACCUUCUACUGACUUUAAUGAACUGUUGGAGUACUUAUGGGAAGCACAUACCUCAACCUUGAAUGAUGUUCUUGGAAUAUUUGAACCUAGACUUAAUUAUUAUCUUAAGCCAGAAGAAGAUUUUGAAAGAAGUUGGGCUGUGGCUGUGGACUACAUUGCUGCCUUGAGGUUUCCUACGACUCUGAUCAAAACACAUGACUUCCAGAAAGGCCUGCCUCCACGAAUGCUUGUUACAGGGGAUGUAGCCCCAUUCAUCAGCGACUUUACUAAAUUUCAGAAUACAGUACUCUUUAGUCUAAAUAGUCUUAGGGAACUGCAUGAAUCUACAGGUGGACUCUCUUUGAUCUUAUGGAAAAAUUUAAUGAAGACAGAAUUUGCAAGGAAUGUAGUUUUAGAAUUCUUAGAAAUAAUUAAUAAAGUUUUUACUUAG